CUGAUCUGCCGCUGAUUGGCUGAGUGUUGCCGGCCGCCCUCUGUCUGCCGCCAUCUUCACUGCGGGGCUGAGGCGCGGAGAGCGGAGCGAAAAUGGUGGCGUAUUGGAGGCAGGCGGGGCUCAGUUACAUUCGCUAUUCUCAGAUUUGUGCACGAGCAGUGCGGGCUGCUCUGAAACCCCAGUACCAAGCAGAGGCUAAGAAAGUAGGAGAUGUAAAUGUAAGAAUCAACAAGCCAAAAGAGUAAUGUGAUCUGAGGAGCCUAUAAAGACUUGAAAGUUUAAAGAUGAGAACUCUGGCAACCUAGCAUCCUUAUUGUUGGAACGUUGAAUGCAUUGGAGACUCUGCAAAACUGACCAAAUGCUGAUUCAAAAUACAGAUAUUAUUUAAACACUU